UUUACCUUUAAACUUGGUAAGUUCUACAGAGUGGCCAAGUGGUAAAUUAAACUUGAGUUGGUAAUUAAAGAGACUUAGUGAAGAGGAUGAGAAGAAUCAAUGAGUGAGGUUGUAAAUCUGAAAAUUCUACAUUUAUGGAGAAAAAUUAUAAUUAUAAAAUUUUAGUCCCUUUUGAAAUCUUAAAAUAUGAAGGAAGAGGAUGUAUGUGAAAGGGAGGGGAGUGUUUGAAAAAAAAAAUUGAACUUUUAAGAUAAAAGGAGAGAAAGGUGUGUGUAAAAACGGAACUUAGAAAAAAAAAAGAUCAUAAGAGGCAAGAGAGGUUUGCAAAAUUGAGAAAUUAAAAAAAAAUAUUUUUAAAAAAGGUAUAAUAUAUAUUAUUAAUAUAAGGAAGUGCAUAUAACCUUAAUUUAUCAUUAGUCAUAAGAGAGUUGGUUGUAAUUUAAGUUGCUCGAAAUCGUCAUGCCCAAAGCAAGCCCGUUUUUAACACUCCUGUUGGGCCCAUUGGACAGCCCAUUAUCUGUGUGGUGAAUUUUCACAGAUGUCUUCUCUCUCCAAUAGGUGAUUGCCUGAACCUCAAACCAAGAAUCUGUUCUUAAAAUUCUUCCUUCCCUUCGAAGCCUUCAAGGCCUCUUUUAAUUUAUUAUUGUUUAUACUUUAUAGAAAUCUAUUUAUAAUUUGGUUAGAUUCCGUUUUACCGUUACUGCCAUGCCAUGGAUUUCCAGAAGAAGAAGGUUCAGUUUCUAGCCUUUGUCGCUGUCAUCAUUGCUCUUAGCAUCAUAGCUGAAAAAGGCAGGCAUGUUGUUGGGGAGAAGGGGUCAUCUCAGAGUGGAAAGUUUACAUUCCUAAAUUGCUUUGACAUGACUUCUGGAACUUUAGCAUUCAGUGUAAAGGAAAGUGUGAAGCUCUACUUCUACAAUCUUAGGGCUGCUCACGUUGAAGGAGCAAGGAAUGAUGCAAUGCAAUCUGCUCUUGUUGAUGCUGUGAGUAAGGGAAUGUCACAAAGUGCUUCAGCAAAAUAUGCCAAGAAAGAAGGUGAGAAGGCAGCAAAAUUGGCUUCUCGCAAAGCCAAGCGCAUUGUGGGUCCCAUCAUGUCUUCAGGAUGGGAUUUUAUUGAGGCUGUGUAUUAUGGUGGAACUUUCACAGAGGGAUUCUUCAAGGGAAGUAGUACUUUGGUUGGAACUUAUGCUGGAGGUUUCUUUGGAGAACAAAGGCUUGGCAGAUUUGGUUAUCUUGUUGGAAGUCAUAUGGGUAGUUGGUUUGGAGCUAGAAUAGGACUAAUGCUAUAUGAUGUGGCCAAUGGACUCCGUUUCUUGUUGCAUUCUGUUUAAAAUGCUUAUAUGAUACUCUUUGUAUACAACUUGAAGAGUUUUUUAGACUUUUUUAUUAAAAAAUAAUUCUUUAUUUUUUAUAAAAAAACUUUAAAGAAAUUUUCUAAACUAGAAGUCAACUUCAACAAAAAUAAUUAUGAAGGAACUACAAGUAUUCAUAAAUUUUGUAUCUAUCAUAUCUGGCAGAGUUACAGAGAAUGCAGAUUCUCAAUUGAGAUAUAUGAAGAAGUUAA